CUUUCCUCCAGCGGCGGCCGCGGCACCAGCAGCAGCAGCCUGUGCGGAACGGGAUAAAACUACACGGACUCUCACCAGUUCGGCGGGAGGACAGCUGCAGAGGACCCGGUGUGCUUCAUACAGAGAAGAGGUUUCAUUCGGCUCAUAUUUUACAUCUUUAUGGGACACAAACACCGCCCUCGCUAACAUCUGGAGCUCGCGCUUCAUAUUGAAACUACUCCUCUUCGUGCCCGCGUGAUGUGUGGCAGGGCUAACUUAUGAAGUGACCGGUGUUAGCAUCUCACCGGUGGAGCCGUCGCUGCUGGGCUGCGGAAACCGGACUCACUCGGAAGCUCGCAGGUGUAGGGGGAGCUAGCAUGGAUGAGCCCGCCAGCAGGAACAGCAGCCUGCAGAGAAAAAAGCCGCCAUGGCUAAAACUGGACAUCCCAACCAUCCAGCUGACGCCGGACGACACAGCCACACUCAGCCAGCCGGUAAAGCGCCUGCGCAGUGUCAGCAUGCCAGGUGAAAACCCUCAGACACGCAUCGCUGCCUUGGAAACAACUAACUCAACUAACUACCUCAGACCUCCUCUGGAGAGAUUGCCCUCCUUUACACAGUCCAUCAAGAGUGAGAAAAAGGUGCGCUUUGAGCGGGUCAACACGGUUCCCCCAAAGGGCCAGAGGGGGCUCAGGAGGGUGUCAACCAUCCGAAGGCGGUCCUGUGUCCCCAAAAUACUGACCCGACGGCGUUCAUCUAUCCCCAAACAGAUCAUCAGAGGUACAGCUGACUGGUUUGGGGUGAGCAAAGACAGCGACAGCACCCAGCGAUGGAGGAGGAAGAGCCUGCAGCACUGCAGCCAUCUGUACGGGGGUCUGAAGCCACAGGUGAUGAGGGAGAUGGAGCUCCACAGCCAGGACAACCUCUCCCUGGCCAGCACUGAGACCCCUCCUCCCCUCUACCUCCCCCCCCACCACCCCAGUCAUCACCACUAUGGCAUGCAGAGGAUCGUAGAUCCCCUUGCCCGGGGUCGUGCCUUCCGCAUGGUGGAAGAGGUAGACGGCUUCAGUGUCCCGCAAACUCCCAUCACACCAGGCACCGCCUCCCUCUGCUCCUUUUCCAGCUCCCGCUCCGCUCUCAACCGGUUGCCGCGGCGACGCAAGCGAGAAUCUGUCGCAAUCAUGAGUCUCAAGGCUGCAGCAGCACUAAUGAAGGGUCGGACAUUAGCCGACAGCACCUACGGCCGAUGUCGAAGACGGAGUUUCAUGCCCCCUAGUUUCUUUGAAGAUGACACCGUGGACUUCCCUGAUGAUCUCGACACUUCCUUCUUCACCAGAGACGGCCUGCAGGAUGAGUUGUCCAGCUAUGCUGACGAAGUUUUUGAGACGCCAUCGGAGGCCGACCUCAAACAGCUGGACGAGAGCGAGCUCACAGGAAGUGCGCUGGACAGGAACGAACUGGAGAGGAGUCACCUCAUGCUGCCCCUAGAGCGAGGAUGGCGGAAGGCAAAAGAUGGCUCUCUGGUCCAACCCAAGGUUCGUCUCAAACAGGAAGUGGUGAGCGUCAACAGCCAUCAGCAGCGGGGACAAAGGAUAGUGGUUCCCGUUAAGAAGCUGUUUGCCCGUGAGAAGAGGCCGUACGGCCUUGGCAUGGUCGGCCGUCUCACAAACCGAACGUACCGCAAGCGCAUUGACAGCUUUGUCAAAAGGCAGAUUGAGGACAUGGACGAUAACAGGCCUUUUUUUACCUACUGGAUCACAUGUGUCCAUUUGCUCGUCACAAUUCUGGCUGUCACCAUCUACGGCAUUGCCCCUGUGGGCUUCUCACAACAUGAAACUGUCGACUCUGUGCUGAGGAACAAGGCAGUUUAUGAAAACGUUAAGUUUGUGCAACAACAAAACUUCUGGGUGGGUCCAAGCUCAGAGGCGCUGAUCCACCUGGGAGCCAAGUUUUCCCCAUGCAUGCGUCAAGACCAAGAGAUCCACAAACUGAUCCAGGAGAAGAGAGCGCGCGAGAGGGAGUCCGGCUGCUGCGUGAGGAACGAUCGCUCCGGCUGCCUGCAGACUUUACAGGAGGAGUGUUCGAGUACCCUUGCAUUGUGGGUAAAGUGGCCACAGCACCCCAGUGCUCCCGAUCUGAAUGGUACACUACGCCAACAUGGCGCCGUCUGUCAUCAGGACCCCAGAAUUUGUCUGGAGCCAGCCUCAAAUCGGCCUCAUGAGUGGCCUGAUGACAUCACCAAGUGGCCGGUUUGUACAAGGUACAACUCUGGAAACCACACCAACCUUCCCCACAUAGACUGCACCAUAACAGGCCGGCCCUGCUGCAUCGGAACCAAAGGACGAUGUGAAAUCACUUCAAGAGAGUACUGUGAUUUCAUGCGUGGCUACUUUCACGAAGAAGCAACUCUUUGCUCACAGGUGGCUUGCAUGGAUGACGUUUGUGGUUUGCUGCCUUUCCUCAACCCGGAGAUCCCAGACCAGUUCUCCCGACUCUGGCUGUCUCUUUUUCUUCAUGCUGGGAUCCUGCACUGCCUGGUGUCAGUGUUUUUCCAGAUGACUGUGCUGAGGGACAUAGAGAAGCUGGCAGGCUGGCUUAGAAUCUCCAUCAUCUACAUGCUCAGCGGCAUCACUGGCAACUUGGCCUCUGCCAUCUUCCUGCCCUACAGAGCAGAGGUGGGUCCUGCAGGCAGCCAGUUCGGCAUCCUGGCCUGUCUGUUUGUUGAGCUGUUUCAGAGCUGGCAGAUCCUCGAGCGACCAUGGCGGGCUUUUGCCAAGCUGCUGGCCAUCUCGGUCUUCUUCUUCUCCUUCGGUUUGCUUCCAUGGAUCGACAACUUCGCCCACAUCUGCGGUUUUGUGUCGGGAUUCUUCCUGUCCUUCGCCUUCCUACCAUACAUCAGCUUUGGGCAAUCCGACACGUACCGUAAGCGGGUCCAGAUUUGCGUCUUCCUGCUGGUUUUCCUGGCUCUGCUCUCCGCCCUGGCCGUCCUCUUCUACGUCUACCCUGUGAAGUGUGACUGGUGCGAAUACCUCACCUGCAUCCCAAUCAAAGACAAGUUCUGCGAGAAGUAUGACCUGAACGCACAUCUCCUCUGAACAGUGAUGAGCCCUGGAAUCAAAUCUCAGCCAGAAUGUUUCUGGAUGUGUUCUGGUGCUGGACUAGGGCAUGCAGUCAAAUAGUCAAAUUAGCUUAGGAAGGUUCCUAAUGGAGUGAAUUGACCCUGAAGUAGUUGCUGCCAUGAUAAGAGCCACUCAAAUUGUCUACUCAGGGUUUACCAUCAGGGUUAAGGAAAAGUGGUUAGGAAAGGACUUAGGAGGUUGUUUUUGGGACUUUUCGACCACAGCCUCAGUGUUAAUGAAGAUGGAGCUGCAGUGCAACUUCUCCUGGAACAAUGACCAGUAUUUCAGGUUAUCAUGUGUAUGUAUUUGUGCCAGUUUUUUGGAAGGUACAACAGCCCUGGCAUGAACAAAGGCUAUGCAUGAAAGCCUCCGGGCAUUUCCCUAAAAUAUUCACGACUAUCAAUGUAAAGUUGACUGAAACGAUUGAUUUAUGUGUGAUCGUACUCUAGCUGGACAAAUAAAUGACCAGUCACACUGGAGGAGAGUUUCAUUUACAAUUGUGUCCUGCCAAAUACUUUACCUCUCUUCUGUGGUAAAAAUGGCUAACAGCAGAGCUUAGGUGGUCAAAAGGAACAGUACCACCUGAGACAGCUGCAAUGGAUGAGCGGAUGCAUUUUGUAUUGUACUUUUUCACUGAUGUCCAAACGGUUUUGUCCAUUUACUGGAUAUCUUCAAAGGGUAAAACUCACCAAGAAAUGAGACUCAGAAAUGUGCCUUGUUGACAUAAAACCACACACGCAUGUUGUCUUUUUGUGCCAUGUAUGAGUAUGUGUCAGCAGUUUUCUGAUGUUACUUAACCUCUGUAGAAACUGUGUCACACAAUCUAAGAAACAAACAUGUUUAUACUUUAAUAUUUAGUGGCUGAAUUUACCACUUUUUUUUUUUUUUUCACCAGACUGGAAACUUGUGUUUCCGCUCGAGCCUUUAAUGCACUUAAAUCACAAAUGGAAAUUGAAUAUUGGCCCAGUUUUACAUCUGUAUAGAACACACUUGUACGUUAAUCUGCUUAUUUGUGAAUAGCUGUUACGAAGGUGAAUCUGUGUUUUUAUUAAAUGUGGUGGUGUUUUAGCCACCUGACAAUAAACA